UCUUCUUCUUCUUGCAGUAUCCCUCCACUUCCACCUCCUCCUCCUCCUCGUAACUCCUUAGUUGUGGACGUUGUUAUUACUUCUGCUGCCAGAAUGCUUAUUCUUCUCGUACUAUUAUGGCUAAACAGGAGAGAUCACAAAUGUUGGAAGAGUUUGUCCAAGAAACUGGCUUGGAUCGAAGAUUUGCUCAGAAUGUCUUGCAAGAAAGUAACUGGUGUCUCAAGGAUGCACGUAAAAUUCUGCAGCCUCUUACUAUAACGGAAGCCAGUGUGCAUCCGUACCAACCUCAGUAUGGAGUCGAGAGGCAAGCCAACACGACAGUUUCUGCUCCUCCUUCUUCUCAUGUGUCAAUGGCCAGCAUGAGUCGAGCGCCCCGUGGUGGUGGGCGUACCUCAGCUCUGGCCCCUACCACAGCCCAGCACUAUUACGACAGUGCUGUCGCUUGCCUGGAAUCAAACAAAGACUUACCUUCCUCUCGUUCUCCCUAUUGUCCAACAGAUGGCAGUGCCACGACUGCUGCUGCUGCUGCUCCUGCGAGUGGCAUACACAGGGCAGUCGGUGGGGCUCCGCUCUCACAGGGUACCCCUUCAGCUUUCAGUAACGGGGCCGUACUACGCCCCUCGGCAGGAGGUAUCAGCUCAAGGCAAAUGUACUCUGUUGAUUAUGAUUUCAAUGAAAGUAGGAGAUAUGGCCCCGUUAAAGGGGGCGCUAUCGAACGGACUGUUCCUAUUCAUAUCGAGAAAGGGUACGGCGGCAACCACUCGGCCACCACUUCCUCCACAACUAAUAGGACUGCAACGUUGAGCAACAGCCCAGCAAACAGCCACUUUUACCCUAUUCAGGACUCUCUCCCUAAAGUGACCAGCAACUCUCAGGAUAUCAGUUUGUCCAGUCAAUGUGAUGGUCAGCAGCAGUCGAAAAGCAGUGACCACCACAAGCAGAGAACGUCUCCAUCGCUUGGACAAGUCAACUGUCCAUCUCCUGAAGCUUGUUCAGUCGAUCCACAUCACAAAUUGAAGCGUGGAAUAUCGAAUACAGUCGAGAAUGUGCCAUUAGUGAGUAAAGUCAGGAACGAUGUUCUCCAAGACAUUGAAGAAUCCAGCCAUGACCAUAUGUAUACCCAAACCUUUGUCUUACCUGACUUGUCGGUUUAUUCUGAAGAUUUCCGCAUGUUUCUGGAACGAGACCUUGUCGAAACAUCAACACUUGUUUCCCUUGAACAAGCUGGCCGUUUAAACUGGUGGUCAACUGUAGGCGUUUGUCAACGUUUAAUGCCAAUGGCUACAACUGGUGAUGGUAAUUGUCUCUUACAUGCAGCUUCGUUAGCUAUGUGGGGUGUGCAGGAUAGAGAUUUGAUACUUCGUAAAGCUCUUUAUGACACGAUGACAAAGGAAACCUAUCGAGGGGCACUGUACAGACGUUGGCGGUGGCAGCAGACCCUUCUGAACAAGGAGUCUGGUUUGAUUUUCUCUGAAGAUGAAUGGAAAAGUGAAUGGAGUAAUUUGUUGAAGUUAGCGUCUCCUAAACCUCGUUCUAUUAUGUCUACUGGCAGUGCCUCAUCUCCUUCGUCGUCCCCUUCAUCUCAAGCUAACCAAAGGUCUGCAAUUCCUCUGGUUGAUCCUAAUUUUGAACUUCUCCCAAUCCACUUCCCGAAUGAUCCAACGGAUAAAAUAAACUGGAAGAUGCAUGAAAAGAAUCCUCAACCUUCAGAACUUGGUUUAGACGAACGACUUCUGCUUCUACAGAACUAUUUGGAGCUCGAUUGGUUGCCAAUGACCCACCCUAAUGAAUUGGAAGACGCUGAAUGUAUGGACCAGAAAUCCUGUGGCUCACACGAAUCAGAUCAGAGCGAUGUGAGUAGCUGUGGAGGUUCAGUGUCGGGGAAUACGACGGUGAAAGAGAAGAAGAAAGAUUUGAAAGAGAAACGAAUGAGUCAACAGAUGCAAACGGUUGCCAAACAGUUUGGCAGCAUCGGUAAGUCAAUGGGGAAAAAACUGAAAAAGAACUUCAGCAUCGGUAAAUCGGGGAAGUUGUUACCCCCAGAAGUCGGUGAAAAGUUGAGUCGACCGACGUCGGUCGGGGGUGGGGUUACUCAAAGUACGAAACUAACUAUUAGUAUAGCGAUGUUUCUCGAGAGAGACAAAGUUCUAUGUGCCAAACUGUCAACAAACAAAACUUCAGUUCAGAAAGAACUGAUUCGUAAUUAUUUAUUCAAUGCAAAUAAAAGAUUUGAGAAAGAGGUUGAAAGUCGUCGGAAACGUGAAGAAGAAGGAUUCGGUCGCGGUGCUGUGAACCGUCGGGAGAGGACUUGUUUACCGACCAAGUGUGUUACAACGGACUGUAAUAUGUACGGGACUGUGGAGACGUCGUAUUUGUGUUCUAAGUGUUAUUCUCAACAAAAACAGCAGGCGAUGAACCAGGAGAAAAGCAAAGGUCAGGUAGGGGGUAUUUACAAUACGUACCCUUGUCAUGGGAAAUGGUCUGAGCAGAUCCCAGCUUCCACGUACGCACAGACUCAUAGCAAGUCCAAGUUCUUCACCAGUGCCAUGGAUAAGGGGUGCAACACUAUUCCCACAACCAGUGUUGGCAUGGUAACGAGGGGUGUGCCUGAGCAGCUGUGCGGCUCCCAGACUCUGCCUGCAACAUUCGGCAAGCAACGUCCCUCUUCACUGGAAUUCUUGGCUGGCGGCGGCGGCACCAAUAGUUACGGCGGAGAAGACGUGGAUGCAGACCUCAACAGCGAGAUGAAACAGUUGUCGACUAACAUACCUUCACAUGAAGAUGUCACUAUUAUUGCCUCUACUACCACAUCUACAUCUGUCGCAACUACUACAGUCACUAAUAGUACCACUGCGGCUACAAGUAAUGCUACUGUUUCUUCGUCGUGUGAGUUUACACCAAUCCAGCCUCAACUAGCGUUGAACGAGAGGGGUUUGCCGAUCGUGGUCAACAACAACCAACCCUGCUGUCGUACACCAUCUCCUGACUAUGACAACGUGGACUACCUGAGUUUUAAGAAAAAUAACUUAAAUCAGGCCGAAACGGUUAUGGAUUGCGCAAACAAAGCCAACCUGUUGUAUGUGUCUGGGGUGGACGGCGCCAAUACGCCAAUUCAUUGCCUGACGAAAGGAUGCGAGUUCUAUGGAAGCCUUGACAGAAAUUCUUUAUGUUCGAAAUGUUACAAAGAAAUUAUUUCUUCAGAGAAUUCUGGUUUUCUAUAUCUAUGUUAUUUUUACAAGGAAAAGGUUGACAGUAACUUCGAAGUUUCAGUUAAUGUAGCCUUCAUCAGACUGUCAUAG